ACUGAAAUCUGAGCAAUAGUAAAACAUAACGUCAUUUGGAACCGAAUGAAUAAUUUUUUUUUAAAUAUUUGUGUGAUAUUUGUCGGUCUUUCCAUUAAAUCAAGUAUUGUGAUUUAUUGAAUAUUAAUUAAUAAGUGAUUUAUAGAAUUUUUAGUUCUCAAUCGAGAAUGAAAGUGUAACAUUUUAUCAAAAACUAUCAUUAGUUUUUAAUUUCUUAUAUUAAUUUAAAUUUGUAAAAAUCCAAAAUGUUAAAAAUGUUGUUUCACCUUGUUGGCGCACUUCAAUUCUUUUAUGGUUGUUAUUACGACUAUACUUACGUUAAAGUACCAAGUACUGCAACCACGGUGACCUCGUUCGGUGGAAAGUUUAAAUACUUGACUUACUUAAAUGCGAUGCUGCAAACGCUGUACUUUACUGUGGCUCUCAUCAAUGAUAUUGUGGGAUCUAAUGAGUCCACACCAUCUAAUAAGCCAUUAAUAAGACGAUUCAAGGAUUUACUCUUUAGUGCAUUAGCAUUUCCACUGUCAAUGUUUGUUGGUAUCACAUUCUGGGGUAUAUAUGCAAUUGACAGGGAACUUAUUUUGCCUAAAAUGAUGGACGAAUUUUUUCCUACAUGGUUAAAUCAUGUAAUGCAUUCUAAUAUUGUAAUAUUUACCAUUAUCGAACUGGCAACUUCAUUUAGAAUGUAUCCACGCAGAAAGAUAGGUUUGUCAGUAUUAACUACCUUUAUGCUUUUUUAUGUAGUUUGGAUUCAUGUUAUCUACUUUAAAACAGGAAGUUGGGUGUACCCUAUUCUCUAUGUACUUAAUUGGCCUGUAAGAAUAUUCUUCUACUUGUUCAGUCUUGGCUUUGUCUUUGGUCUUUAUACUUUAGGCGAGACACUGAACAGGUCUAUUUGGUCAAAGGAAGUUGAAUCUACAGUAAAAUCAGGAAAGAAAAAAGCUAAGUAAACAAAAAGUUAAUAUUUCAUAAAUAGCAUUUUAAUAGUAUAAUUUUGGUGUAAUAAUUAUAGGAAAAAUAUCUUGUGUGAUUAUAUAUUAUGUAAGGUAUUGUCUUUAACAAUGAGGUUAAGGAUAAGAUAAGAUACAAUUUAUGUGGCCUGGCAGGUAAUUGAUAUAAUUAAAAAAAUCUUGGGUUUAAUAUUUACUAUUUUUAUUACUUUGGUUACUGAAUAUAUCUGUAAUAUUCAUUUUUAAUAUUGUUUUCAGUAAAU